GUGGAAAACAGUAUGGCAGUUUCUCAAAUAGUUAAACAGAAUCGCCAUACGAUCCAGCAAUUCCACUCCUAGGUAUAUACUAAAAAGAACUGAAAAGCAGGGACUUGAAGAGAUCCUUGUACACCAAUGUUCACAGCAGCAUUGUCAACAACAGCUAAAAGGUGGCAACAAUCUGAGUGUCCAUCAACAAAUGAAUAAGGGACUUGAAGAGAUCCUUGUACACCAAUGUUCACAGCAGCAUUGUCAACAACAGCUAAAAGACCUGCCCCGAAUACAGUACAGGAGCAUCUUCAGAGUACUUCCAGUGGGUGCCCUGGACAGCAGCUAAGAACCCCAGAGUAAAACGAGUUCCGUGUCCACUGCUACAACUCAGAAACCUCCUCGAUAAAAGCCUCAGAUCUGGGAAACGCGGAUGAAUGCGCCAACUUUUGAGUCUCAGUCUGCGCCUGCGCACGUGUCCUCUACACGUCUGCCUCUGCGCCUGCGCCGCUCAAGGUAGCGCGAGGCUACUCAGUCGAGGGUGGGACUACGCUUCGCGUUUUGGGAUUGGGCGGUGAAGGCCAAACCGGACGGCGCGGAAAUGACGUCACGCUGGCGGCCCUGCCGCGCGGGGGCUGCUGGGUGCCGCACGCCUUCCCUUCCUUCUCCUCUCCCCUCCCCCAUCCCUCCCCGCCCCCUCGGCAGCUCCGCUCCCUGGCCGUGACUCGGCACUGAGAGUCCCGGGAGAAGACUCCGCGGUCGCCACCUCUUCUGUCCAGGCCUCGGCCUUCCUGAGCGUCUCUCCUUCCUCUCCCAGAUCGUCUUCUCCUUCAGUUUCGAAGCCAGUGGCGUCGCGGCCACCCUGCCGGGCUCUCUGUGAGGAUGGUGGGGGUGAAGCCCGUCGGGAGCGACCCGGAUUUCCAGCCAGAGCUGAGCGGCGCGGGCUCCAGACUCGCCGUGGUCAAGUUCACCAUGAGAGGGUGUGGGCCAUGUUUGAGGAUUGCCCCAGCAUUCAGUUCUAUGAGUAAUAAAUAUCCACAGGCUGUUUUCUUGGAAGUCGAUGUACAUCAGUGUCAGGGAACAGCUGCCACCAACAAUAUAUCAGCAACACCUACAUUUUUGUUUUUUCGAAACAAAGUGAGAAUUGAUCAAUAUCAAGGAGCAGAUGCUGUGGGAUUAGAAGAAAAAAUCAAGCAGCACUUAGAAAAUGACCCUGGAAGCAAUGAGGACACAGAUAUUCCAAAAGGCUAUAUGGAUUUAAUGCCUUUUAUUAACAAAGCUGGUUGUGAAUGUCUUAAUGAAAGUGAUGAGCAUGGAUUUGACAACUGUUUACGAAAAGACACGACCUUCUUGGAAUCUGACUGUGAUGAACAGCUGCUUAUUACUGUGGCAUUCAAUCAACCUGUUAAGCUUUAUUCCAUGAAAUUUCAAGGGCCAGAUAAUGGUCAGGGCCCUAAAUAUGUAAAAAUUUUUAUCAACCUACCCCGAUCUAUGGAUUUUGAAGAGGCAGAAAGAAGUGAACCAACUCAAGCUCUGGAACUGACAGAGGAUGAUAUUAAAGAAGAUGGCAUUGUUCCACUUCGUUAUGUUAAGUUUCAGAAUGUUAACAGUGUAACUAUAUUUGUUCAGUCGAAUCAAGGUGAAGAGGAAACAACAAGAAUUUCAUAUUUUACUUUUAUUGGUACUCCAGUCCAGGCAACAAAUAUGAAUGACUUCAAACGAGUAGUUGGCAAAAAAGGAGAAAGCCAUUAAGGUACAAAAGACACUGGACAACCAUACUGCAAUCAGAUCUACAGCUCCUGGAUGAUUGCUUGAUUCUCGCCAGAGACUGUCAAUGUUUCAUUCAUUGCCAUUAUCAAUAAAUCAUUGCUUUUGUUCAGAUGGUAUCACUAGUGUUGCCAUUGUAAUCUUGACACAUGCAAUUGUAAAUAAAAGUCACCACUUUUGCCAAGCUUAA